CCAUAGUAUCCCAGAAUGCAUCGCCUUUGAAGCGGUAGCGCGAGGACAACGUGCAUGAUUUGGAGGGACCGUCUCCAACUUCCACGAAAUAACGAUCAAUUAAUUUGCGUGUUAGGUAGCUCGAAGAAACACCUUAACACCACAAUAACGUAAAAGAAAACAAAGAAGGCUACCAAGCAGAGGGAAUCAUGUCUUUGGUUUGCGCAAUCUCCAAUGAGGUUCCUGAGCACCCCUGCGUUUCACCGGUCUCCAACCAAGUGUUUGAGCGCCGCUUGAUUGAGAAAUAUAUCGCGGAAAACGGCGCAGACCCUAUAAACGGGCAGCCGCUGUCCGAAGAGCAGUUGAUUGACAUCAAGGUUUCCCAUCCUAUCCGUCCCAAGGCUCCCUCAGCAACUAGUAUUCCUGCAAUCCUCAAGUCGCUACAGGAUGAAUGGGAUGCGGUGAUGCUGCACAGUUUCACUCUGCGCCAGCAGCUGCAGACCACCCGCCAGGAGCUCUCUCACGCCCUCUACCAGCAUGACGCCGCCUGCAGAGUCAUCGCUCGCCUCACCAAAGAGGUCACAGCAGCCAGAGAGGCUCUGGCCACACUCAAACCCCAAGCUGGAUUGGUUGUUCCACAGGCUGCUCCUGCCUCCCAGCCAGCUGUGGGUGCGGGUGGAGAGCCUAUGGAGGUUAGCGAACAGGUUGGCAUGACAGCGGAGAUCAUACAGAAGCUGCAAGACAAGGCCACCGUGCUGACAACAGAGAGAAAGAAGAGGGGAAAAACCGUCCCAGAGGAGCUGGUCCGCUCCGAGGAUCUUGGCAAAUACAGACAAGUGGCCUCGCAUGUUGGGCUGCAUAGUGCCAGUAUCCCAGGCAUUCUCUGUCUGGACCUCUGUCCCUCAGAUACCAACAAAGUACUCACCGGUGGAGCUGAUAAGAACGUGGUGGUGUUUGACCGUCGGGAGGAGCAGAUUGUGGCCACCCUCAAAGGUCACACCAAAAAGGUCACCUCUGUCAUCUACCAUCCUUCUCAGUCGGUGGUGUUCUCAGCUUCUCCCGACACCACCAUCCGGGUGUGGUCUGUCACCGGGGGCAACUGUGUGCAGGUGGUGCGUGCUCACGAGGCGAGCGUGACUGGCCUCUCCCUGCACGCCACUGGAGACUACCUGCUGAGCUCCUCUGAAGACCAGUACUGGGCCUUCUCUGAUGUCCAGACCGGUCGUGUUCUGACUAAAGUGACCGACGAAACCGCAGGAUGUGCUCUGACGUGCGCUCAGUUCCACCCUGACGGUCUGAUCUUUGGCACGGGCACCGCGGACUCUCAGAUCAAGAUCUGGGAUCUGAAGGAGCGCACCAAUGUGGCCAACUUCCCUGGACACUCUGGCCCCGUCACUGCCAUCGCCUUCUCUGAGAAUGGGUAUUACCUGGCCACAGGUGCUCAGGACAGCUCUCUGAAGCUUUGGGAUUUGAGGAAACUGAAGAACUUUAAGACUAUUGCUUUGGAUAACAAUUAUGAGGUGAAGUCCCUGGUCUUCGACCAGAGUGGUACCUACCUGGCUGUGGGUGGAUCCGACAUCAGAGUGUACAUCUGCAAGCAGUGGUCUGAGGUCCUUAACUUCGGUGACCAUACUGGACUAGUGACCGGGGUGGCUUUCGGUGAGCACGCCCAGUUCCUCUCCUCUACUGGAAUGGACAGAAGCCUGAAGUUCUACAGUCUGUAGGAUGGAGAGAAACACGAGUUAGAUAGUGUGUGUGUGUGUGAGAGGGAGAGAGAGACAGAAGGAGAGCGAGAGAAAUGGAGGUGUCCAGUGGUAGCGACUGUGAGUUUUGUAUUUGAGGGGUUUUCCAGGAAUGAUGUGAAGCAGCCAGCAUCAAACCUUACUGUAUAAUUUGGUGACCAAUUGUAAGAAUUGUAUUUGCAAAAACAUUGGUCAGUACCCGGUGCAUCUGUGUGCUCUGCAAGCAUUUAAUGUAGUUUUCUUUCGUAUGAUCUCUUGGGAAUUGUUUUGGGGUUUAACAGUCACUCCUACAUGUCCAGAUAUCAGACCCCUUGUCUGUGAUUCAUUAGCUCAGAUACUAAACUGCUUUUCCAAUAAACAUUUUGUGUCUCUACUUGCCAUUUCAUGAUAAGGAAAAAAAUAUCAAGCUCAAGUGUCAAGUUUUUUUUUUUUUUUUUUCCAACUUUUACAUCUCUGUAUUUCAUAGUAAGUUCAUAGAACUGUAUAUUUUGUCUUCUACCAUCGUUGCUUCUGUAGACUGAUAUAUAAAUAUGAAUUCAAGAUCAAUAAAGAAAUCUUUCUGUA